UCCUGGUCGCGCUUUCGACUCUGCAUCAUGCGCACCACCGCAGGCAUCAAUUACAACAAUCCCUCUACCAAUACCUCGCGCGAUAAACCUUCUCAUCUUCCGAUACCCGCACUACCGAGUCGAAUCGCUGUCCUCUUGCUCGCGAAAUGUGCCAUUCCGACAGCAGGUAGCCUGAGCAGCAGCUGCACCUCCGUCUCCCUCGCCACGAGGUCGACUCGUCUGGCACCAUGAUAGACAUAACCAGCACCGGUGGUACGGGCAGCAGGCUCACGAGGAUCACCAUCAUCCUCGCAGGAGUAGCUGCGCUGGUUGCUACGCUCAUAUCCUUCGUAUCAAUAUGGCUGCAGACGAAGAAUUACAGGAAACCGUUGUUGCAACGAUACGUUAUCCGGAUACUGCUCAUGGUUCCAAUAUACUCUGCGUCAUCAUGGAGCUCCAUCGUUUCUCUUAAAGCCGCUUUCUACAUCGAUCCCCUCCGCGACAUAUAUGAAGCAUUCACCAUAUACACCUUCCUUCAACUCCUCGUCAACUUCCUCGGAGGCGAGCGUUCCCUUAUCAUUAUGAUGCACGGACGGCCACCAGUGUCCCACCCGUGGCCCAUCAAUCUCUACUUCUCAAAAGUCGACAUCUCUGAUCCACACACUUUCCUGGCAAUCAAGAGAGGCAUCCUGCAAUACACGUGGCUGAAGCCAAUCUUGAGCGUCCUCACCAUUGUUCUCAAGCUUACUGGAACGUAUCAUGAAGGCUACAUUGCCUUGAACUCGGGUUAUCUUUGGCUAGGCAUUGUCUACAACCUCAGUGUGACUUUGAGCUUGUACUCUCUGGCAAUGUUUUGGGUUUGCAUGCACCAAGAUUUGAAACCCUUUCGACCUAUGCCGAAGUUUCUGUGUAUCAAGCUCAUCAUUUUUGCCUCCUAUUGGCAAGGAUUCUUUCUUUCUAUCCUGCAAUUUUUGGGAGCUAUUCCCAGUGACGUUCCAGGUUACAGCGCAGACAACUUGGCUGCGGCUAUUCAAGAUGCAUUAAUAUGUUUCGAAAUGCCUAUCUUCGCAGUCUCGCAUUGGUAUGCGUUCUCAUGGCACGACUAUGCAGACGUAACUAUUUCGGCAGCUCGCAUGCCGGUCAAAUAUGCUCUUAGAGACGCCUUUGGCCCGCGGGACCUGAUCGAGGACACGAAAGAGACAUUCCGUGGCAAGAAGUAUGACUAUCGGACUUUCGACUCUGGCGAUAACGUUAUCGCCCAUGAGGACUCUCACUCCCGUGUAGCAAGGAUGAUGGACGGCAUGAGAUAUGAACGAGGAGGUAAAGCGAAGUAUUGGAUCCCCAAACCACAAGCACCUACUGCCCGGACACCGCUACUGGCCAAUGACGGCUCUUCUCGACCUCCAGCACCAGAAGCAAGAGGAAAGGCUCACGAAUACCGAGCUGCCGACCCAGACAUCGAAGUAGGCAUGGAUGCAGAGGACGAGAGGCUCUACACCAAUGCAAGAGCAUUAGAGUUUGGUGAUUGGAACUAUCCCGUGGUAACCGCACAUCAAGCUCGUCGAGAAGACUGGCUGCGUCGCGACCCGAAUCUCCUCACGACCUCUACGAACCGAAAUCUUUUUCAACCAACACGAGACAACAAGAACCGCCGCCGCAGCGAGAUCCAGCACAGCAUUCAAAAAGGAAAGAACCGCAGCACUUCGCCCUCGGGUCAUUCUUCGGACGAGCCGCCUGCUCAGGGCUCCAUUGAAGCCAAGCUGAAACGUGACCGCUCGCAGUCAUCCGCCAAGUCCGACCGAAGCCAGCUUGUCGACCUGAUUGUCGAAGACGUCGAAGCCGAAGAAGCAGAGCGCGUGCGUGCCCGAAAAGAGGGCGGAGACACCUGGAAUCGUGGUCCGAAUAAGCAUUAUGUCCGCACCUAUAGUAUCGAUGAGGAACAUCCAGAGGGACAGGAGAUCCGCGAAGGAUUUGAUCCAAGCGAAGUUCCCGCACGGCAUCCACCUCCUGAGCACGCUGUCGAGGAGGAUGAAGAAGAAGCUCAGGAUGAUGAGCACAUUGGAAACUCGGGACGAUACGGGAGCCUUGUUGGAGAAGACAACGUCUGGGGCAGAUGAUGCGGUUGUUCUCCUGUGGUGUUCAAUCAGUGACUGGGUCGUGUACAGACUCUCUGUACAACUUCCCACCUCGCCCACACAUUGGUGAGUGAGGUGUCACAAGGGUUGCAACUUCUUGGGCGGUGUGGUCGGGUUCAGCUUCCUUGAUGGUCACCAGACCUCGGUCUGAAUUGGUUUGCAUUAUUUUUUCUGGGCAAUGAGAGCGUUCAAGCGAGGAAUAUUGCUGAUACCACUUCAACACUUUCAUCUUUCUAUUACGGUCUCUAUGGGUAAAUCGUGUAAUAAAAUUCGCUUAACCGGGGUGCAAA